AAGAAACAAAAAAUAAAAAACUCACUCACACUAGUCUUACUGGUCUUCUUGUUCGGUCCAUAACUUCCUCUAUAUAAACAACAGGUCUCACCUAUUCUUCUGUUCUCUCCCUCUCUGUCUCUCUCUCUCUCUCAGUGUGUUUGUGCGAAGAACCCUAUAGGCCUUUAAGUACACAAAAUGGAAAAGAACACAAGUAGUACGGGACCUCCAUCACCAAUUGCAACAACAGCAACGACAUCAACAACCUUCGUUCAAGCGGACACUCACACCUUUAGAGAGCUCGUGCAGAAACUUACCGGUGCCGGCGACGAUUUGCAGGAAAAACUUCCGAUAACACUUCCAGCGAGAUUCUCUUCAAGAUCGUCACUUUCUGGAGACAUCGUCGCGCCUCGACGAUCAGCUUUCAAGCUUCAAGAGAGGAGACAGAACAUGAGGAAGCUCGAAAUUAAGCUCGGUCUUACUUCGAUUCGAAGCCCACCGUUCUCACCUCGACAAAUCCAGACCCAAACCCACCUGGUCGUGUCGCCGGUUCCGAGUCCGGUGACCCCACUUGGCUCCGAUACUUUGUCGUCCUCUGUUCAGUGCUCUGGUUCGGGUAGCGAGUCUCCAUCAUCGCCUGCGGUUUGGGAGGAAGAGAAGGCGAUUGCAGAGAAAGGGUUUUAUUUGCAUCCAUCGCCGUUAAGCACCCCGAGAGGUUCAGACCCACCUGAGCUUCUACCUCUGUUUCCUUUGAGUUCUCCGAGGCAACAAUCUGGGGAUCUGUGAAAGGCUUUGGCAGAAAAAAAAAAGAAAAGAAAAAAAAAGGGUAUGUACGUCCUAGGAUUUCCAUAAAGUUCUGGUUUUUCCACCAUUUUUGUUGGGUUCUCCAAGAUCUUUUUCUGGGUUUAGGUUUAGCGAGAAACUCCAAAAACCAACAAAAUGUCCCUGUUCUUGGUUUCUGGGUUUUUGAGUUUCUGAGUUGCUGGCUCUUAUUCUUCGACUCCGAUUUCUCACUAGUCAAUUUCUUUGUUGAUCAUCACUGAAAGAGAACUUUAGUGGUGGAAAUGUAUGGCAAAAAGUACAAAAUUUCUAUGA